GGGGCGUGGCUUAUGGCCACUGCAGCGGAGGAAUAUGACACUGGGAUGAGCGAGCGCGAGAGGAAAAGACACCGAGAGGCGGGAGGGAGACGACCGGCCAGGAAUUAACGGUUCGCCAAGAGGUCUGCGCUGCAAACGUUACGAUGGAGAGCAAUGACUGACGGCAGAACGGGCAUUCUGCAUCCCCGCUGUCUUCCUUUCCUUGGCGCGUGAAGCCAUGGACUAGAGCUCUGUCUGGUCCCGACAGUCCCACGGUCAUGUGAUGGCGUCGCAUCAAACCUCGGAAAAGAUACAGAAAAUGAGAACGUGAAGGCUGGCGUCCACCAAGGCCUCCGCUGCACCGUGGGCAGCGCGCACCCAUGAUCACAUGACUCUGGACAUGGACGCGGUCCUGUCAGACUUUGUUCGGUCCACGGGGGCAGAACCGGGUCUGGCAAGAGACCUGCUGGAAGGUAAAAACUGGGACCUGAGUGCUGCUCUGAAUGAUUAUGAGGAGCUCAGGCAGGUCCACACUGCCAACCUGCCGCAGGUCUUCAACGAGGGCCGCUACUACAAACAGCCAGAGGCACGUGACACACCAACCCAUGUCAGCAAGAUCGACAGGUCGUGUGCGCAGAAGCAGGAGGACAAUGGACAAGAGAAACGUCUGUCCCGCGGAAUCUCACAUGCCAGCUCCGCCAUUGUCUCCCUGGCGCGGCUGCAAGUGGCCAACGAGUGUACCAACGAGCAGUUCCCUCUUGAGAUGCCUAUCUACACAUUCCAGCUGCCAGACCUCAGCGUGUACAGCGAAGACUUCAGGAGUUUCAUCGAGAGAGACCUGAUCGAGCAGUCCACCAUGAUGGCUUUGGAACAAGCUGGUCGUCUGAACUGGUGGUCCACCAUGUGCACCAGCUGUAAGAAGCUCCUUCCUCUGGCCACCACUGGGGACGGGAACUGCCUCCUCCAUGCUGCUUCUUUAGGGAUGUGGGGUUUCCAUGACAGAGACCUGAUGCUCAGGAAGUCCCUGUACACCAUGAUGAAGAGCGGAGCGGAGAGAGACGCCCUGAAAAGGAGGUGGAGGUGGCAGCAAACCCAACAAAACAAGGAGUCUGGCCUGGUGUACACCGAGGAGGAGUGGGAGCGGGAAUGGAACGAGCUGCUCAAGUUGGCCUCCAGUGAGCCUCGCACUCACCUCAGCAAAAACGGCAACACGAGCGGAGGGGUGGAUAACUCUGAGGACCCGGUCUAUGAGAGUCUGGAGGAGUUCCAUGUGUUUGUGCUGGCCCACGUGCUGCGCAGGCCGAUUGUUGUGGUGGCCGACACGAUGCUCAGAGACUCGGGAGGAGAAGCAUUUGCGCCAAUCCCGUUCGGAGGUCUCUAUUUGCCCCUGGAGGUUCCUCCAAGUCGAUGUCACUGCUCCCCACUGGUGUUGGCUUAUGAUCAGGCGCACUUCUCUGCACUGGUGUCCAUGGAGCAGAGGGACCAGCAGCGAGAGCAAGCUGUAAUCCCUCUGACAGACUCGGAGCACAAGUUGCUGGCGCUGCAUUUUGCCGUGGACCCUGGCAGGGACUGGGAGUGGGGCAGGGACGACAACGAUAACACCAAGCUGGCCAACCUCAUCUUGUCACUGGAGGCCAAACUGAACCUGUUGCACAACUACAUGAAUGUAACAUGGAUCCGAAUUCCAUCCGAAACAAGGGCUCCCCUGGCUCAGCCCGAGUCUCCGACCGCUUCUGCAGGUGAGGACGUGCAGUCUCUGGCUGAGUCCAUUGACUCUGACCGCGAGUCUGUUGGCAGCAACUCCAACGUCAACACGGGCAAGAGCGGCAAGGACAAGGAUAAAGAGAAGCAGCAGCAUCGCAAAGACAAAGACAAGAGCCGGGCCGAUUCUGUAGCCAACAAGCUAGGUAGCUUCAGCAAAACGCUGGGAAUCAAGCUGAAGAAGAACAUGGGGGGCCUCGGCGGUCUGGUGCACGGCAAAAUGAACAAAUCGAACUCUGGCUCAGGUCGAAAUGGGGAGAACGGAGGGGAAAAGACAAAAAAGAAAGACUCCAAAACACCCAAAGGGAAUAAAGAUGAAUCGGGUCACUCGGCCAGCUCCACUUCCUCCGAAAAGGCCACGAGCCCCUCGCCUACAGAUAGAGACAAACCAUCCAGCGCCUCCCCCACCGACAGAACGGACAGCGCGGGGAGGGUCUCGGGUGACAAGAGCCUGGACAACUGGAAAUACAGCACUGACGUCAAGCUCAGCCUCAACAUCCUUCGGGCCGCCAUGCAGGGCGAGCGCAAGUUCAUCUUCGCGGGCCUCCUCCUCACCAGCCACCGACACCAGUUCCACGAGGAGAUGAUCAGCUACUACCUGACCAACGCCCAAGAGCGCUUCAGCCAAGAGCAGGAGCAGAAGAGGAAGGAAGCCGAAAAGAAGCCCCCGGCCGCCGGCGACGCGGCCGGCAAGAAGCCGGAAAAUGAGAGCGUCUUCCAGAGGGAGAGGUCGGACAGCUCGCCCCCGGAGAGCUGCUCUCCUGUCCCGCCGCACCGCGCCUACACCCCGCAGCCCCCCGCGGCGCUCAAGGCGCAAGGCCGGAGCAGUCCCGUCCCCGCAGCCCCUCACGUCUCUUUCCCGCUCCCUCCGCUCACCCCACCCGCCACCUCCCACCCCGUCCCGGGGCCUUACUCCUCCCCCAAUUUUGGUGCUAAGAGACUUGGGCCCGUUCCCGUGUCCGCCCACUACAGCCAUACCCCUCCCAUCCAGAGGCACAGCGUGAUUCACCUCCAAGAUGUCAACAUGCAGUCCCCCGUCUUACGAGAUCCCUACAAGCCCGCGCCCACGGUGGGCACCCUCAAGACGUGCGCCACCUACCCCCAGCAGAACCGCACGUUGUCGUCGCAGAGCUACAGCCCGGCGCCCCUUUCGGGCGUGCGCGCCGCCAACACCCUGGAAACGCUGGCGUACAACAUGCCCGGGGAACACAAGUCCCACACGUACACCAACGGAUUCAACGCGCGAGACAUUCAAGACUGCCUGGAGUUCGCCGACGACGACAACAAGCCGUCCCACGCCUGGCUCAACCAAGACAAAACCAAAGGGCGCGGCUCUGGAAGCCCUUUGUACUGCUUUCAGCAGCGGCGCUGCAAGAGGGACAACUGCUCCUUCUACGGCAGGCCCGAAACGGACCACUAUUGCUCCUACUGCUACAGGGAGGAGCUUAAGCGCAGGGAGAGGGAGAGCAAAGCGCAGAGGCUCGCAUAGCCAUCGCCGCCAAGGGAACGACGCUACCUGCACUUUGCAUCCACAACAACGCGAUGGAGAAUGCUCUUGUAUUCCCGUCCCCUUCCCUUGUUAGUCAAGACGAGGGAAGCAGAACUCGAAACGGUGAGCAGCUUUGGCCAGAUAUUAUUGUGCUAUUUUUUUUUUUUUUUUUAUGUAGUCUUUUACUUGUUUUAGAGUAAAAGUCAUCUCUGGGUCUUUGCGAAUUCGCAAAGACAAAGUUCCUUAUUUUUCAUUGUAGAAAAAAAAAUUCAAUCUCAUAUUGGCGGGGAGCAUUUCAGCGAAGCCGUUUUGAACGCGAUGCCUCUUCUCGCUCGCUCCUAUUUUCUCCGGAAGAUUUCGUUGUUGUUUUGCAAUCAAAUGAACGUAAAGGGGAGAUUGGUAUUCGCCUCGGAAGCAAUAAAUUUGGUGAUCUCCUGCUACACUCUCCCCCAAUUUUGUCUAUGCACCAAUAAUAUAUAGAUACUGUAGGUUAACUGUGUCUUGUAAAUUGUCAGAGAUCGUCACGUGGUGCUCCCGCGAGCAAAUUUCAACGACAGGAAUUCAAACGUACACGCAAUAUAGCUUAACGUUGGAUUAGCUUUGUCGAGUGUACCUUUUAUCCCGCGAAGGAUUCACCGCACGAUGGGUCAAAAGUGGCUUUUUUUUUAAUUUUUUUUUUUUUUUAAUGAAAGGAAUUUCCUGUGCCAAACACUGAACAAUGGCACGCUCCUCAAAUAUGCAGUGUUCACGGUGUGUCCCUCUGAGCUGCCUGACUAAUACUCCUAAUUGGUAAGUGUCUUAGAUGAGAAGAAUCGUGGGUAGUACGAGCAAGAGCCGAUGCGUAUUUGUCUAAAGUGUGAUUACGUGUCCGCCCCUGUAGGCCCGCCCACCCGUCUGUCUCACACGCAAUCAUGGCGCGCGGUCAUGCUUUUUAUCACGCCGUGGUUUUACCGGUCCCGCGUGACAGUGUGCGUCCUUCGUCCACAUGUAGAGGCCGUUUCAAGAAGCACCUGCUGCUAUAAGAGCACCUCAAGCCUUUGUGAUCAUCAGUGCUUUAACCAAUCAGUGGGUUUGGGGGAGGAGGAAAAAAAAAAAACAAACAAACAAAACAAAAACAGGAACAACCCGGGCCUCCAAGUGCUUUCUGCUCAUUGAACAUGACGACUGUAAAGAAGCCGUGUUUGUGUUGCCGUUUGUUCUGGUGAUGCUGUUUGCCGAAUAAUGUACCAUGCUGUCUUUAACAAAAGUGUGUCCUGGCCAAGGAUGUCCACUGCUGUUCGCUUCUGUCUCUCCUGUCCACUCUGCAGUGUCGCUCCUCCUCCUCCUCCUCCUCUUGGUUUCUACGUGACCCCCCCUUCAUGGACUGCCACCAUGUUAGGACUGUAAGAUAUGAUUUUGUAUUCCUUUAAGACUUUUACACUACUUUAAAUUAUUGAUUUGCACAUUAGGUACAGAUGUAUAUAUGAACAAAAUAAUAGUUUAUUGUUACAAACA